AUGAGAACCUUCAGCUUUAUAUUAUUAAUAUGCUCGCUCCUGGUGUUGGUGUCGUCUGUUGCAGCUUCUUAUCCUCCGGAAAGAAGAUAUCCCAAUAAUGGCUUUGCGAAACGGCAGGAUUCAGAAACAAUCACAGAAGCCCCCGAGCCGACCGGGUCAACUGAUCCCACAGGGACCAACACACGCACUCCUGAACGCACGGGAACUAACACAGACUCUCCAUCAGAGACUGGCACCAAGACUGAUGCUGAGACCGGAACCGACGCCAAAUCUACGGGAACAAAGACCACCAAGCCCAAAGUCACCUCUGUCGAUCCGCGCCUUCCACCUGGCGGCAUCAAAUUGAUAACCCCAGCACCCCUCGACGGUAGCACCUACAUCAAGAUUGGUGACUACGCUACGUUCGCGUGGAACUAUACAUCCGUUAAGAUCACUCCAUCUGCCGUCGAUGUCGUGGCAUAUUGCAGCAGGAACAAGCACGCCUACACAAUCGCGGCCAAUCAAAGUUUUGCGGAGACCGGUAUGGUGACUUGGAACACCAACAAAACAGAUGUUCCUCUCUUGACUGAAAUCUACACUCUCCUCGUCUACGAUGUCGAGGUUGGCCCAUCGGACCUCCCCGGUCCUGGUCAGCUAGGAGCUCAACCUACGUUCAGGUUUGGGGUGUACAAACCCCAGGAGUAUACUCCUCUAAGCAAAUCUGAAUGUGUAACUUGUCUCAAUAAUGCUGCCGUAUCUGAAACCCAGCAACAGGCUUUCUUUUUUAUGUUCGGAAUGAUCGUCAUUACCAUUUGCUCGUUUAGCUGGUUUGCUAGUGGCUUCGGUUUAUUUGCUUGA